GUGCAACCAAGUCUAUUUGAAUGAAUUAAAUGAUGACCUCAGAUAUUUGUUUGUAGGUAUUUGGACACCUGUGCACGCCCAUCACUUGCUAGACGUCUGCUGACGACGACGACGACGACGACCGCCAUGUCUUCGCUGACGAAGGUCGCGGUGUAUUCGUUAUUGGCAACUUCGGCUGUUUGUCUCCAGUUCCCGUUCAAGCUACCCUUCUUCAAACAGAAAGUCGAUGUCCUCACGGACAACCAAGUAGCACCUCAGGUUACCCCAAGAAUCGCUAUCGUCGGUGCAGGUGCCGCAGGAUCUUCUGCUGCUUUCUGGAUCUCUAAAGCCAAAGAAAGAUUUGGCAUCGAUGUAGAAAUAGACGUGUACGAACGUGCAUCAUACAUAGGUGGACGCAGCACUAUUGUAUACCCUUAUAAUGACACCACGCUCGCCCCAAUGGAGCUUGGAGCUUCAAUCUUUGUUGACGCAAACAAAAACCUGAUGAGGGCAGCCAAGGAGUUCAAUCUGACCCUAAAGGAUUUCAUCGACGAAUUCUCCGACACCGGCUUAUGGGACGGACAGAAAUUCGACAUCGUAUUGAAUGAGGGCACUUAUACUAAGAGCUGGUGGACUACGUUGAAGGUAUUGUGGCGUUAUGGUUAUUCAGCGCCAGUGAAAACGCAGUCCAUCGUAAAGAAUAUGAUCGCGGAGUAUCUCUCGUUAUACACGGCGACAUCACAUCGUUGGGAUGGCAUCGCGGACCUCGUUGAGAAGAUGAAUUGGACCGACUUUGUAAAUAGUACGACUCUCGAAUAUCUUUCUUCGAAAGGCGUUGCAGAGAAGUGGUCAAGAGAAAUGGUCGAGGCUGCUACUCGGGUUAAUUAUGGACAGGACGUGGACAAAAUCCACGCUUUGGAAGGCACUUGCUCUUUGGCAGCCACCGGUGCAUCUGGCGUCCGCGAUGGGAACUUCCUCAUAUUUGAAAAUUUCCUGAAGCACUCUGGCGCCAAUGUUUAUCUAAAUACCGAGGUCCGAGACAUUCUACGCGUCCCGGGGUCAUCACGUUGGAUCCUCCACACUUCUUCUGGUUCCCGAAUUUACAAGGCUGUCAUCUUGGCCGCUCCUUUCCACCAGACCAAUAUUAGUGUUGCCUCUGAUCUCGCCGAACUCAUUCCUCCGCAACCCUACGUUCAUCUCCACGUCACGCUACUGACUACGAGAUCCGAGAGCACAAACCCAACCUACUUCGGUUUAUCACCCGGCGAAAAAGUUCCAAAGGUGAUACUCACUACACACGAGGGUGCACGCGCCGGCGGUGUGGAACCGGAAUUUAAUUCCAUUUCCGUCCAUGGACGAAUUCAGAGAGCUCCCGGAAGCGCAGACGAGAAACCAGAGUGGAAAGUCAAAAUAUUCUCCAAAGAGCGUAUCACUGAUGAAUGGCUGGAGAAAGUAUUCGGGCACGUUGGGUGGGUUUAUCGGAAAGAGUGGGAUGCUUACCCCGUUCUACCGCCUACCACCAAGUUCCCCCCUAUGAGGCUUGAACAAGGGUUCUACUACGUGAACGCCUUCGAACCGUUCAUAUCCACGAUGGAAACUGAAACUAUUGCGUCGCGCAACGUUGUUGACCUCUUAUUGCACGAAGAAUUUGGCAGCGGUAUAUGUGGCUCACAGCUUUCUGGCCCUGAGACUAGCGAGGGAAACCCGGGACACGAUGGAGGUUCUGAAGAUUUCGUACUUGGCUGGGAUUGUUAGGCAUUCCGGGAACUUUGUGUGUAUAUAUCUGCUGGAUAACUACUUUAUUACCAGUUCUUACUUUGUCCAUCUCCGUCCUUGUCGGCCUCGAAAGUGUCACGGAUUCUUUUCAAGCAAUACUUGAGGGUGCCCUCGGAUAUUGAAUCUGCCAUAUCUGGGGCACCUUGACGACUUCAGCUGAAGUGAGACACGGUUUGUCGAAGACCACUCGCGAAAGUGAGUAGACAGGGUGGACGAAAUCGCAGCGGCUUUUGGACACUUCAAAAGCAUAACCAUCAAGAUAUUGCAGCUAAACGCAGAUAUGAUACAG